AUGGCCGAGGCCCUUCAUGUCGAGGGUCAUAUGCCAAGGCCUAUGAAGAUAGCCGAAGCCCUAAAGCGGAAGCACUACGUUCACAUGUGGAGGACUGAAAUUUCAAUUUAUAGUAAAUAUGCUGAAGUACAUUACUCUUUUAGUCACUUAAUUUGCCUUGGUAGUUUGCAUGUGAGACCAAGUCUUAUCAAUCUAUUUCCUCUCACUUCGAUAACCGAAUCUGAACUAGAUAAAAUGAGAAAGUGUUGUUUAUCAGACUCGGGGUUGGCUGCCAUUGGAGGUGGCUUUACCAAACUUGAGAGUUUGAGGUUGACUUCGUGCUGUAAUGUAACAGAUAUAGGGCUAAUAUCUAUUGCUGAGAAAUGUCAAUUGCUGAAGUCUCUGGAUUUACAGGAUAUUUGUGUUGCAGAUGAAAGUCUAGCUGCUAUUGCAAAAUAUUGUACUCGACUCGAAGAUUUGAAUUUAAAGCGUUGCAAAAGUUUGACUGAUACUGGAUUCGUUCAGUUAGUCCUUGGUCGUGGGAGAACUUUGAAAUCUCUUGGUCUUGUGUUUGGAAAAAGCCUUAUUGAUGUGUCGUUAGAAGCUGUGGGGAGCCUUUGUGCUAUAGGAAAAGGAUGUAAGAGGUUGAAAAGUCUUAGCUUAAACAUUUGCCAAAUUUUGAGUGACUUGGGUUUGGAUUCUAUUGCUGUUGGCUGUGCGGAGCUUAUGUGUCUUGAAGUCCUUCAGGGCGACGGAGUUGGAAUAGGUGGACUGAAAUCUAUUGCAAAAGCUUGCACAUAA